UGUCUGUUGUGGAUCCCCGCUGUAAUAAGGAAUGGAACAGCAGGAGUACUGUCGCAGCACGAACCUGGAAAGCGCCAGGAUUUUAUCUUGACAUCGUGUCCUUCGUUGCAGGAGGUACUUCGUUUAUCAACGUAAAAAGGGCUUAAUAUGCAAUCAGGUGUUGUUGUAGUUUUUGAUUUUGGGUUUGGACUCGAUGUUGAUUAUCGUCGCUGCAAGUGCAAAGAUAAGGAGUUAGUUUGAGCUGCAACCUACAUGUCAUCCAGCAGUACGAGGAUAUGUUCCUGUUCCCCAGGUCUUCUUCCAUACUUCUUGAUACCGGUAUUCUACACGACGAGCUUGCUUGGUAUUCGAUGUCAGGAUCCGAAUGCAGACGCCUAUAGUUGUGUCCUUGAUCACUGGUUGUGGAAACUGAUCCUCUCCCUGCGCUUUUUACGCUGCUAUCGACUUUUUACUAAGAGCACAGAAUCAGUAAACUCUUGUUAUAAUUCCACUUAAUGCUGUUUGAUCAAUGUUGAGUCAGGAACAGCAGACUCACGACUGCAACGCUGCUCCUGCGUGAUUUUCGAUAUUUUGUGGCACAAUUGGAAUAUCUAUGUCCCAUUUUGUUCUGGAGUAGAAAUGAGGACACAGACAUCAUUUUCGUACUUUGCCGCGAGUAAUAUCAUAAUCCGUGAACGCAAAAAAUUACGGACAUCAUUCGAAAGCCUAAACGAUGAGGCGCCCAUAAUUUCUUGUCUCUUGGCGCCAAAAAUUUUCCAUUCCUUUUCUAUUUCUCUAAUUCCGCCUACGACAGCUCGACACUAGCAAGCAACGUGCAGCUUCUCUUGAACGAAGCUACGACAUCUCUAUCAUCUACCAGCAUAGCCCCUUCAUCCAGUUUCGUACACCAGUUUCAGUACCCUCAUUCAGCCCAGUCAUCCCAAAAGCUCUAUGGCCGCUAACUGAAGGAUUGAAGAAAGCACACGUACAAAUAUUGACUAUCACUAUCAUAAUUUGAAAUAGCUCAUUAGUAACCCUUGUUUAUAUGGCAGUUCUUGUUGAAUUUGAAGUGGGUACAUGAGCUCUACGACCCAACAUUAUAUGUGUAGGUUGGUAGGCUCUUCUCUAAAUGUUUUUUACAACUUUCUGAUCAUGGUUGAGAGUGUUCGGUGUCAUGUGAAGAGCGCUCUACGUGAGUAUAUCCUCUAUCUAAUAUAGUUGCCAUAGCUUUUCCUUUUCCUCUUCUAAAAUUGUCACGAACAACACGACGCAGCCCGCAGAAACCUGUUGCAGCGCAGCAUCUUUUCUGGUAGCAAAUGCGGACACGAGAAAGGUGUAGCAGCUGGCAGUACUACUGCGCAGCACGACCACGACAGAGCAACGAAUGAUAAUCUGCAACGACAUCAUCUCAAUGUUGGGACGGCCAACGCAACUUCUAGUGGAGGUCAUCCUGCGGUCGCGAGUCGUGGCGGCGCUGUAUCUCCGGGUUCCUCUGGUACGUUUUCCGUCUCGAUUCCGACACAGCCUCAACAUUGCGGGGCAGAACAUCUCUCGCCACAUCGUGGAGACGACGAUCACGGCGUCGCCGAGGAUGACAGCAGUACAACGUUAUCUCCAAGAACGAUAAAGAUAAAAGACGAAAAACAGAAUGCGGAUGAUGAGAGACCCCUACUUUAAGGCUAUCACAAUUGCAUCCUCAACAAACAUCCUUCUCCUUGAAUAAAACUUCUGUGUUACUCGUCGGAAAAAAAGAUCAAGGAUGAUACGUUGAACGCGCAAACGAAAUCUCUAACUCCUGCAAGUGAGUAAGCUUGCGAUUUUGAGCCCACCGCGAACGGGGACGCCUUUAUCUGGAUCGCGCAGUCCGUCGGGAAUUGAUCCCGGCGGUGGUCCGGUAGCCCGCACGGCCUCCACCGGCUCCACUAGUGGGAGAGCAGUAGCUAUGCUUGUAGCGAGCGAUGGAAAGUCUGCAACCGCUGGCGCUGGCACGACUAGAGUGGUCGGAUCAUCUAAAAAUACGUCGGGCGUGCUGUCAAUAUCAAAUAAUCGGGGAGGGACAGCACAGAAUGGCGCUGAUAGCUUUAGAAAUUCACCUCGCAGUCGCAGUGGUGGAGGUCGUGACGACAACUUUUAUAGGCCAGUAGGAGGACGACGCUCGAGCAGGACAGAAGAGAAACUACAUCCACAAGCAGGUGGUCGCACUCCUGAUGCUCCUGUCGAAGAGGAGGAGGAGGGGGCGACCGGUCGAAGCGAAAUUCGACGAUCCGCAUCUCCGGCAGUGGUAACGAAAGUUAGCAGUGUAGCAUCGAAUCUUGACACUUUGCUCGGUUCCCCUGCGAAAACGCUUCAGUCGAUUGCGAGUAAGAUGGUCGAGUUGGGCAGCGGGGGUCUCAAGGAACGACUCGACGACCCUUUUGAGCAAGAUCUGCAUCAGAAAGGUGUCCAGCAGCACACUCGUGGUCUGGCGACGAAAAAGCAAGACAGAGCGGCAAAACAAGACCGCUUUGACAGUAUACAGGAACAGCAAAUGAACGACUCGCAACAAACAUCAACCAAUAGGCGAGAUCUUCACUCAUGGCCAAUGGCUCGUUUCUCGUUUCUUAACACGGCGGCGUCUCAGAACGCGCAAGAAUCAGCGUGGUGUAGAACGUCCACGAUAGGUUACGAAUAGUUUUUCGUCAUCCGAAAAUAUGAAAUGUAAUCCCAAGUCGUAAGGACGCGCCUGUUGUAGAAGAAGCGAAGUCGAAGGGCGUUCUUGGGGAUUCACUCACUCCGGCUCGAUGAAAAAUAUCUGCUAAAUAAGCUCGAGCAUAAGUCGAGGGGCCAGUAUUUUUGAUCGUCAGAUAUUUAGUCCGUGGCUGCGAGUUGGAAUAGUAGCCAGGGACUCACUUCGCAUUCUCUUUCUCCGUACCGUGGGAGCACUAGCAGAGAACACCAUUGGAGCUUUCGGAACCCUGGUAGUUUUUUUCUUCUGCAUCAUGAUUUUAGUCUUGAAGGACAACAAAAGAACAUACAUGGCUACAACCGCUCCUUUUCUACCCACCCUCCCUCACGUCCGCCACGACAGAUAUUGUGGUUCUUUCUGAUAGCGCACAUUAUGGGUUGUGUAUGGUACAUCGUGCUCGAAAAUUCCCUGCCGGGCUAUCUAAGCGGCGUACCGCAAGCGUAUCAAUACCGACAGUCCCUCCUUCUGACUCGUGCAUUCUCGCACUUUUCCUCCUACCGUUUCGUCGUCGAGAAUGGCGACGAGAGCAGCAUGUUAGAAGAGACGGACGCGGGCACUCUGAUGCCGCUAUCAGAGGACGGUCGCGAUCUCUACGUCAACGCGCUGGGCACCCAAUGUGAGGAUGUAGGCGGUGCAUUGAUUACGGCUCUCUCCACCAUGUGAAACUGAUUGAAAUCCUACAAUCAAAUAGAAAUAAGUACAAGAAAUUCUACGCGAUCAAUGCGUGCGCGUGCCACUAGGAAUGUGGGACGUGGACGCGUAAUUCUCGUCCGGUAUCCGUUUUUAUUUCCCGGUUGGUUCUGGUGCCACAAUGGCUUUAGUUGCAAUAGAAAAAAUAUAGGUCGUAUUACAACAUGCAACGACUCUGACAGUGUCCAAUAUCUAACUAUAGUUACGUCUACCUGUGGGCCCUCAACCGAGCGAUCAUCAUUCUGAC